AUGGCUGCCAUCAAGGCUCUGGAGCAGUGGUGCAGGCUGCAGUGUGAGGGCUACCGAGACGUGGCCAUCACCAACAUGACCACCUCGUUCAGGAGCGGCCUGGCGUUCUGCGCGCUCAUACACAAAUACAGACCGGACCUCAUAGACUAUGACUCACUCAGAAAGGAGGAUGUGUUUGAGAACAACACGCUGGCUUUUCAGGUGGCGGAGGACAAGUUGGGGAUCCCAGCUCUGUUGGAUGCAGAAGACAUGGUGGCUUUAAGGAUCCCAGACAGGCUGAGCAUCCUCACCUACGUCUCCCAGUAUUACAACUACUUCAAAGGACGGCCUCCCAUGGGAGGUGUAAAGAGGCCAGCAGAGGGCUCCAAGGAGGAGCCGUCAGAGAAGAAAAACCUCCCCGUGGUUGCCAAAAGCUUCGUGCCUAAAGCCGCCAUUGAGAACUGCCUACCUUCCGCCCGUGCGGCUCAGGCCUCGGCCAGGCCGGCCAGAGCCGCCGGCCAGGUGGUCUUGGCAGAAAACGCCAACAAAAACGGGACUCUGAACAGCAAGUGUGUUGCUUGCAAGAGCCACGUUCAUCUGGUUCAGAGGCACUUUGUAGAAGGAAAGCUGUUCCACAGAAGCUGCUUCAAAUGCAGCGAGUGCUCCGUGGUGCUUCAUGCAGGAGGCUACAAACCCGGGAAGAAUCCAGACACCUUUAUCUGCAACGCUCACCAGAGCGGCGUCAAACCUCCCCCGGCUAACGACCCCUCCAGAACCGGGCCCGCCGGCCGGGCUGCACCCAGUCCCUCCUCGGCGCUGACCGCCCCGCUGAAGGUCGUCCAGAAGCCGUUCGCUCCGGCUCCGCCGUCGCACUCCUGGACGGCCGGCGCCCAGAAGACGCAGGCGGCUCGGCAGAAGUUUUUCCAGGCCGCUCCUCAAGUUCCGAAGGUCUCGACGGGUAACGGGAAACCUGCGGAGCAGCAGAGCGCUGCAGGGAGACCCAGGAUCCCGCUGGGCGGUGAGGACGAGAAGAACAGACCCAGGAUGACGAGCGGGAAGAAACUGGCCGAGCAGAACUUCAACAAUAACAACAAACGACCGUUUACCAUCAGAUCAGCAGAGAGACGGUUUGGCGACGAGCCAAGUCCGGCCGACGGGCCUCAUCUGAGACGGGAACACUGCAGCCAGCGCCCGGCAGGAAGCGGCGCGGGACGGUCUCCCUCCAGCCUCGCAAACAAUCAGGAACCGCCGUGUGCGAAGGCCGUCGACAAAGACAGCGCCAGGCCCGCCGCUGGACACGGGACGGCCAAAGAUGCAGGCUUCAAGGAGUGGAACAUAAAGCUCAAGCCUGUGACAAGAGAGCUGGGACUCAAUGAUGCUGAAGCCUUCCCGGAGCAACACACACCUGCCUUCUCGUCCACGGGUCCUCCGGUCUCCAUCAGCGCAGCCCGGCCUCCAGUCGGCCUCCAUCAGCCCGAUCCCGCCCCCUUUAAGGAAGUCACACCUCCGAAACCUCCGCCUGGCCCUGAAAGCUUAGGCUUUAAACACGGGAGUCGCUCACCUGUGAAAUCCUCUCCCAGACAGCCGGCGGAGGAGUCCGUCACCCCUCUGACGACUGCGCCCAGUCAUGGAAAUCCCUCAGCUGCUAAAAAGGGAAAGUAUUUGUCACCCACCAACGCCUCCAGGCCUGAAAUGAGGUCACCCUCUGCGGCGUCUUAUCACCGUCCCGUGGAGCAGAUCGAGCGGGAGCUGGAGGAUAUCGAGGCGAACGUGGCUCAGCUGGAGAAGGAGGGCGUGGAGCUGGAGAAGAGGCUGCGCAGCUGCGAGGAAGAGGGUGAGGGGGACAUACUGAUGGACCCGCUGAUGGUCGACUGGUUUAACCUCAUUCGGAAAAAGCAGAUGUACAUUAGGAAAGAGUCCGAGCUGGUGUACAUAGCCAGGACCCAGGAGCUGGAGCGGCAGCAGCCAGGUGUGGAGGGGGAACUCCGCAGGCUGCUGGAGAAGCCAGAUCACUUGAAGUCCGGAGAGGAGCGGCAGCGGGAGCGCGGGCUGCUGCAGAGGCUGAUGGACAUCGUGGACGGCCGGAACGCCAUCGUGGAAGGUCUGGACAAGGACAGGCUGAGGGAGGUGGAGGAGGAUCAGCAGUUGAACACGAUGAUGCAGAAUCUGGGACUGAAGAGAGCCAAAACUAAGAGGAAAUCCUCCCUCUCCAAACUGUUCAGGCGCAGAAAUAAAAGACGAGUUGAAUGAUCCUGAAGGGAAUUUCUUUUUUCUUUUUUUUUUCUUUUUUUUUUUUACAAUUUUUAAAACUAAGUUAAUAUAAUUUUUACUGUCUUAAUAAUCAUUUUAAAGAUUAAAGCUUUUUAUAUUUCACUGCUGAAGUAGGCGGUGUGAUAAUGAGCAGGAAACGGGAGGGUUAUGGAAUUAUUGGACAUGAAGGAUUACACUGAUAUUUAAUCUGCACUCUGAAAAUGUUCAAUCUCAAACGUUGGGUUCGUUUGUUCUAAGAAUUCACCUUCACUUCUUGGUUUGUUCUUUAGUGAAGUGGGACAUUUCUGUUUUCCAAAUGAGCUGUAAUGUUUUUUUUUUUUCUUUCUCAUUUAUUUCUCUGUUUAAAGAAAAAAAAAAAAGGUGUGUGUUACAUGCUCAUGUGUGUAUUCAGCACAGGGGUUAGAAGAAAACCACAACUUAUGGAUCUGCCUGAUACCUAUAGAGACUAUAUAUUUGUAGGAUGGCCGGAGUGACGUAACGUAUUAAUUUUAUCAAUAUAAAAUGUGCUUGGUCAAAAAAAGAAGAAAAAAAAAAUGUAAAACUAUCAUGGUGUGUAAAUGACGGAGGAGCACUGGCUGCUCCUCGCGGAAUGAGGAGUCAAAACGUGUAAUCCUUCGGCGGUCUUGAUCCGAAAUGAAAUUAUUUCAGUAUUUAUUAAAUAAUGGAUUUUAACAAAUUUCCUGUAAGGAUAUUAGGCCGAGCCUUGACAAUUAACUUUGAAUAGCUGUGGAGUGUAAAAUUGAAGGAGCCACACAUGUUGAGCUGCAGCUCCAGUUCCUCUCUCGCGCUGUACUGUAGGUGGCAGCCUGGGUAUGCUGUAUCACCGGGCCACAACUUGGAAAUCCAAUUUGCCACAGUGCAGACAGUUAAUUUCUUUGCUAAUUUUAUAAAUGCUGCAAAAAUGUUCGGCUGCGCUGAUGCAAUAAUGUUAUGUGAAAGAGGAUUAGGCAGAGCAGUAGCUUAUGGCUGGCGGAGGCUUAUAAACUAUAGGUUGUAUUGAGCUCUUUAUCUUCAAACCUGGUUUAAUUAAACGUUACUCUUUACUAAUAUCUGCAUCAGAAUUGCUCCGUAUACCUGAGCUAUUAAAAAUGUUUGAAAACGUGGAGUCGCUCGCCUGUGAAAGUGGCAUCCGCCCGUGUUUGCGCCGGAACGCCGCAUCUUUAAAGUAUUAUUGAAUGCUCUGUUCAUGUUCUGUAUUUAUAGCGUUUUUUUUUUUUUUAAACUUGAAAUCUGUUUUCCCAAUAAAUCCUUUGAAGAUUA